UAAAGAUAUUGAAUAAAGUAUGAUGAACUCAUUUUACAGGUGGUAACCAAAAUAAAUUUACUAAUUUUUUUUGAAUGAAGAAACUUUUGAAAUGUUUACAUGGUUUUAUAAAAUAUCAAUAACGUGUUGACAAUUACCAUGGUUACUCAAUGGCUAAAUAAACGAUUAAAACAAAAAUAAAUAAAUAAAUCUUUUCAAAAUUAUUAAAAUUCGAAUGUUCAAUAAUGAAAUUGUUAUUUUAUUUGUUGAUCAUUAUUCAAUGUAUCUAUGCAUUACGUAAUAAUCAGCAUAAAGAACAAUUUACCAAGAAUAUUAAUUAUCUAUUACAAUCUAAUAAUAAAAAGAUAUUAAAAAACCAAAAUAAUCCUUAUCAAAAAAUUAAUCAUAAUUCUGAAAGAUUAAAAAGAAAUUUCUUAAUUGAUAUUCAUUCACAUAAUACAUUGUGUCAAUCUGGUUCACAAUCAUUUCAAUGUACUCCACCAUUUAAAGAUAUAUCACGUGGAGUAUCUGUUUAUGCAACUUCUACAUGUGGAGAACAACAACCACAACAUUUAUGUCGAUCGAAUAAAAAUUGUCAAUUAUGUAGUAUUAAUUCUACUGAAUGGAAAUUUUCAUCAGAAUAUUUAACUGAUCGUCAUGAUAUUGAAAAUCAAACAUGUUGGGCAUCAGGAUAUAUUCGACCAGGUGAAGUUGUUAAUCUUACUAUAUCUUUGGGAAAACGUUUUGAAGUAUACUAUAUAUCUUUACAACCAUGUAGUUUAGGUAGUAUACCAGAUUCAAUAGCAAUCUAUAAAUCAUCUGAUUUUGGUCGUACAUGGCGUCCUUGGCAUUAUUUUUCAACUGAUUGUUAUCGAGCUUUUGGAUUGCCUACCUCAAAUGAACAUAAUAGUCAUAUAACAUCUGCUAAUUUACAAGAGGUAUUAUGUGUUGCUUUACAACCACGUGAAAGUUAUUACAAUUAUCAAGGUAGAAGAAUUCGUUCAAUGAACAGUUAUAUUUUCAAUAAACCAAAUAUUACUAGAAAUUUCGGAGGCAUAGGUGUACCUUCAGAUUGGGUUAUUGCAUUUAGCACAACACUUGGUCGACCAGUAACACGACCAUGGAGUCCAGCAUUGAUUGAUUGGAUGACUAUGACUGAUGUUCGUAUAAGCCUAAUGAGUUUUCAUCAGUCUAACGAACCAGAAUAUCGUAUUAAAAGAAAUGCAUAUAGAAGUCAUCUAUCUGAUCACUCUAAAUUAACACAGAAUUCACAAACUAUAAACAAACUACCCUUAUUUCAAUCAACUUACUUUUAUGAUAAUUUUAAUAAGUAUCAAUUAAAACGAACACGAAAUUCAAGAGAUGGUCAAACCAUUACGGAAUUACCUCAUAAAGAAAUCAAUCAUACUAAUAAGAUAGAUAGUCAAACUGAUUUGAACAUAAAUGCUAGAAAAUCUGUAAAUGUAACUAUAAACCCUGAGAUUUUAACUGAAAUGGAUUUUUAUGCAUUUGCUGAUAUAGCCAUUGGUGGACGUUGUAAAUGUAAUGGACAUGCAAGUGAAUGCAUAUUGGGAUCAAAUGGUAAGCUAAUUUGUGCAUGUGAACAUCAUACAUCUGGUGAAGAUUGUGAAUAUUGUAAACCUGGUUAUAUGGAUAGACCAUGGGACAGAGCUACAACUCAAGAUGCAAAUGUCUGUAAAAAAUGUGAUUGUAACCUUCAUUCAAAUGAAUGCCGAUUUUCAAAUUCACUUUAUUUAUUAUCUAAUCGUGUAAGUGGUGGUGUUUGUGAAAAUUGUCAACAUAAUACAAUUGGUCGUAAUUGUCAUCAAUGUGCUGAAGGUUAUUAUCGAGAUUGGACUAAACCAAUCAGUCAUGAAAAUGUUUGUUUACCUUGUCGAUGUCAUCCAAUUGGAUCUAUUGUCCGUCAUGAUUGUGACAGAAGAAGUGGACAGUGUCGAUGUAAACAAGGUGUAGCUGGUUUAACCUGUGAUCGUUGUCAAGAUGGAUAUCAUCAAACGCGUUCUCCACUUAAUCCUUGUACGAAAGAUUUCACAUCUCGAGCAGUAGCUUUGGCUCAUACACCAGGUGAUAUAAACUGUCCACCAUGUAGUACAAAUAAAGAAAGAAUUAAACUGAAAAAAUUCUGUCGUAAAGAUGCAGUUUUUGAAGCUUCAUUCAAAUCCCGUGAACUUCAUGGAAAUAUGACUCGUUUUGAAAUGCAUAUUACACAAAUUUGGAGAAUUAAUAAAGAAUUUUUUAAAGGAAGUUCAAGUAUUUACUGGCCUGCAUCUAAAUCUUUUAUUGAGUUUGAACAAUAUAAUCAAGAUGAACAUGAAGAAGAGAUGAAAAGAAAAUCAAAUGAAUUAGUUCCUGUAUGGGUUCGUCUAAAUGAAUUAAAAUGUAAAUGUCCAUAUAUUGAAUUAGGUGUUUCAUAUCUGAUAGUAACAGAUUUUGAAAGUUUCACAAAUAAAAUAAGAAAUGAAUUAUUAUUUUCAACAAAAACUGCAAUUUUACCAUGGCGUACAAGUUGGAAACGUAGAUUAAUACGAUUUCGUAGAAGAGAAAAUCGUGGAGGAUGUGAAAAAUUUCGUGAACCAACAAAACUUCUUAGUGUAUUUCGUCCUAAACAAACACUUGAAAUACCAACAAUUCAUCGUGAAUGGCAAUCAUCAAUUAAUGCUCAAAUUCCUUCAUCUAUUCAUCAAAAACCAUCAUAUUCUUUAUCUUUACGACCUUAUUCUAAAUAUAGACAAAAGUUAGAUGAUGAUGAUUUGGAUGAUGAUGAUGAUGAUGAUGAUGAUGAUGAUGAAGAUGAUGAUUUGGAUGAUGAUGAUGAUGAUGAUGACAAUAACGAUGGUGAUGAGGAUUCGCCUUAA